CCUCACUGCCAGUUUCCCAUGUGGGGUUUGUAAUAAGGUGGAUCCAGGAGUUAGUCCUGCUCUCUUCUGGGUGACGCGGAUUGGAAAGGGUUCUACAAGAAAAGGUUUUCUUUAACCCCACUAAGUUAUACAGUAGUACAUUCACCUGUAGAGGAAAUUGAAAUUGUUUCAAAGAUAGGCCAUGAAGUGGACGUGGGUGCUUGUGGCAGUCUUGCUGUCAUUUGGGGGGCAAUCACUGGCCAAGGAAAGCUUGGACUUUCCUGAAUAUGACGGUAAGGACCGCGUACACAACCUCAACGCCAAGAACUACAAGACCCUGAUGAGGAAGUACGACGUUAUGGUAGUGUACUACCACGACCAUCCCGGAUCCAGCCGCGUCGCCCAGAGACAGUUUGAGACUGAGGAGUUGGCCCUUGAGCGUGCAGCACAAGUCCUGGAGGAAUUUGAUGACGAGGAUAUUGGAGUUGGACUCAUUGAUGCAAAGCUCGACAAAGUGGUUGCAAAGAAACUAGAACUCGAUGAGUCCGACAGCAUCUUCAUCUUCACCGACGAUGAAGUUAUAGAGUAUGAUGGUGAACUUGAGGCAGACACGCUUGUGGAGUUCAUCUAUGAUCUUCUCGAGGACCCUGUGGAAAUUAUUGACAACAGCAGGGAACUGAAAGGCUUUGAAAACAUCGAAGAGGACAUCAAAUUGGUGGGCUACUUUAAGAGUCACAAGUCUGAACAUUUCGAAGCAUAUGCUGAUGCCGCUGAAGAGUUCCAUCCUCACAUCCAGUUUUUUGCCACCUUUAAUCCUAAGGUUGCUAAGGCCCUUGAGCUGAAGCUCAAUGAAGUGGACUUCUAUGAACCCUUCGUGGAUGACCCUGUGGUUAUUCCUGGAAAACCUUACACUGAGAAAGAACUAGUGAAAUUCAUCGAAGAUAAUGACAGACCAACACUGAGGAAACUGAAACCCAGCAACAUGUACGAGAUCUGGGACGAUGAUGUUGAUGGAGAACACAUUGUCGCUUUUGCAGAGGAGUCAGAUAUCGAUGGCUUUGAGUUCUUGCACAUCCUGAAGCAAGUUGCUGAGGAUAACACAGACAACCCUAACCUCAGUAUUGUCUGGAUUGACCCUGAUGACUUCCCUCUGCUUUUGCCACACUGGGAAAAGACCUUCGGAAUUGACCUGUCCCACCCACAGAUUGGUGUCGUUGAUGCUGAUGAUGCUGACAGCGUAUGGAUGGACAUGGAUGAUGGGGAGGACUUACCGACUGUGGAUGAGCUGGAAGACUGGAUUGAAGAUGUACUGUCGGGACAUAUCGAUCCUGAUGAUGAUGAUGAUGAUGAUGAUGAUGAUGAUGAUGAUGACGACGAUGACGACGACGAUGACGACGACGAUGACGACGAUGAUGACGACGACGAUGAUGACGAUGAUGAUGACGAUGAUGAUGAUGAUGACGAUGAUGACGAUGACGACGAUGACGACGACGAUGAUGAUGAUGACGACGACGACGACGAUGACGACGACGAUGAUGACGACGAUGAUGACGACGAUGACGAUGACGACGAUGAUGACGACGACGAUGAUGAUGACGAUGAUGAUGACGACGACGAUGAUGAUGAUGACGAUGAUGAUGAUGAUGAUGACGAUGAUGACGAUGACGACGACGAUGACGACGACGAUGACGACGACGACGAUGAUGACGAUGAUGAUGACGAUGAUGAUGAUGAUGACGAUGAUGAAGAUGACGACGAUGACGACGAUGACGACGACGAUGACGACGACGAUGAUGAUGAUGAUGACGACGAUGACGACGACGAUGAUGACGACGAUGAUGACGACGAUGACGAUGACGACGAUGAUGACGACGACGAUGAUGAUGACGAUGAUGAUGACGACGACGAUGAUGAUGAUGACGAUUAUUAAAUUACUUAGUUGUAAUUUAAACUUUAAGUCUGACCAAUGCCAUUUCAAGUCAACAUUAUCAUCGCAUCGAUGACUCUACUGAAUCAUCCACUUUUGUAAUAAGUUCUUAUCAUGAAGUCAUCUGUUCAUGUAAAUCCCUCUUCUUCCUCCUCCCUUAGACUUUCUUUGCAGCUCACCAGAAUCACUAUUCCAUUUUGUUUUGUCCUUCUCCCUGACAGUCACUGAACCAUUAUGUAAAAAAAAAUCUUCUAUUUAUUUCCACAUGUAAUUCUGUCUUGUACAAUAAAACAAGAUAUUCUUUAAAAAUCUUGUCACCUACUGCUUUUGAUUUUGAAAAUAUUAAAGUUUUUAUAUUAACGGAA